CCUGGUCUGAGAUCAGGAGGCGGAAAUUGUUUUUCGUGUGUAAGGCCUGUUUUCUUUCGUUUUGCUUGGGGACAUAGAUGGCAGAGGAGGGGGUGUAGGAGGGCAUGGUGCAAGCGGGAGCAGAAGAAGGUCAUGGCAGAGGAGGAUGGGCAGGAGGAGAACGCAGCAGAGGACAAGGUGGUGGCCGAGGGAGGAGGGGAAUGAGGGAGCACGAUGGAGAGGAUUCGGCAAAGACGGGGGAGGAGGAGAAGGUGGCAAAGGAACGGGGGGGAGGAGGAGGAGCAGGUGUGCGAUGCAGCCAUAGCUGCACCCACGGCGAGCUGUCUCGACCAUGGAACAGUGGCACUAUGUAGUAGUUUGGGCCAAGGGGAGUUUGUGGGGGGGUGUGGGGCACAGCCUGACCCACAUAGCAUCACACACAUAACCCACAUUGCACCGCCCAAUGCAAGUAGCAUUGUCUGCCUACCCUGCAUUGUGCCGCAAUGAAUGGACUGUACCAUCCAGUCCCUACUCCGCAGCCAGACCGCGAAGUCCACGUGGUAGCACCCAACCCACUUAGAAUCACCCUUCCUGCCCACAAAGCGCUCCACAGAGUACAGCAUAGUACACAGCAUAGUACAGCACCGAACCCACAUGGUAUUGCGUAGUACCGCAUAGUGCAUCAUCCCAUGGAGCCAAGGAAUGCCGCACUCAUUUGGAUUCAUGUUCGAACCUUCGUUCCAGAUUCCAAAGACAAAGAAUUGCUAAGGCAAACAAACACAAACACGUGUGGAUCUCAUCUUCUUGCUGCCGCGGCAAUGCCGAGGUGCACCUCGACUUGUUAUCUAUAAUGUAUUAAUGAUGACAUUGUUAAAUGAAUCGUACAACUGGUA